CCCGCGCUGUCCCAGGUCUCUGCUCUGCCGCGUACAGCUGUGUCACCGCGCUGCGGGGCUGCGAACCGACGGAGAAAGCGCCGCAAAGCCAGCGGAAAGCCGGGAUCUUGCACAACGCCCAUUGCCUGCCGCUCCCCGGCAGCCGCCCCCGGCCCCCGCCCAGGCGCCGCUCACGAGGAGAGCCCCGCGGGCAGCGCGGGGGCUGCGGAGCCACAGCGCGCCCGGCCCGGCCCGCGGAGCCGCUCCGCUCUGCCCCGCUCCGCUCUGCCCCGCUCCGCUCCGCUCUGCCCCGCUCCGCCCUGCCCCGCGAUGCCGAGCUUCCUGAAGUGGCUGCUGGGGAUCCUGGGGGUCGCCGUGGUUGUGGUGGUCAUCACCGUGCCCCUGGUGCUGCUCACCCGCCAAGAGACCCCUUCAGGAAAAACGUACACUCUACAGAAUUACUUGAACAAUGACUAUGAGUACAAAACACAUAAUUUGGAAUGGAUUUCAGGAAAUCAGUAUCUUCACAAAACAGAUAAUGGGAACAUCCUGUGUAUCAGUGCUGACAACGGAACAUUCUCAGUAAUCCUGGCAAAUACAACAUUAGAUGAGUACCAGGCAAGCACUGUUACAUUGUCUCCUGACCAAAAGUUUGCUCUGCUGCAAUACAGCUAUACAAAGUUGUGGAGGCAUUCCUUUACAGCUUCAUAUCACAUCUAUGAUUUCAGUAGCAGUUCUAUCUUAGAUGAUGGACUUCUACCUAAUGAUACACAGUAUAUAUCCUGGUCACCUGUUGGUCAUAAACUGGCAUAUGUUUGGAAUAAUAAUGUUUAUGUAAAAGCUUCACCAACAGCAGAAGCUGUGCAAAUCACUCAAAAUGGAGAAGAAAAUAAAAUUUUCAAUGGAAUACCAGACUGGGUUUAUGAAGAGGAAAUGUUUGGCACCCAUUCUGCUAUGUGGUGGUCUCCAAAUGGCAAUUUUUUGGCAUAUGCAUCCUUUAAUGAUACAGAAGUCCCUCUUAUAGAGUAUUCCUUUUAUUCUGAAGACACCUUGCAGUAUCCAAAGACCAUUAAAAUCCCAUAUCCCAAGGCAGGAGCUACAAAUCCAACUGUACGAUUCUUUAUUGUGGAUACCACAUCACUUCCAGCUUCUCACCCUUUUGAAAUUUUUCCACCUGCAGAAAUAGAAUCAAGUGAUCAUUAUUUGAGUGUUGUAACAUGGGUGACAGAUGAAAGGAUUUGUCUGCAGUGGCUCAGAAGAAUUCAGAAUUUUUCAGUCCUCACAGUCUGUGACUUUGAAAAUGCUACUUGGUCAUGUCCAAAGGAAAAACAAUUUACUGAAGAAAGUACAACUGGCUGGAUUGGCAGAUUUCAGCCAUCUGUCCCUCACUUUGCACCCGACAAUGCUUCCUACUACAAAGUCUUCAGCGACACAGCAGGUUACAAGCACAUCCAUUACAUAAAUGGCUCACAGGUUCCAGUAGCUAUUACUUCAGGAGAAUGGGAAGUAAUCAGCAUAGAAGCUGUAACCGAUAAAUUUUUAUACUACAUCAGUAAUGAAAAUAAUAAAACACCAGGAGGAAGAAAUCUUUAUAAAGUGCUCUUGGAAAGCAGUCCAAAAUUUACUAAAUGUGUUAGCUGUAAUCUGGAUGAAAAAAGAUGCCAGUAUUAUUCUGUGUCCUUCAGCAAAGACACACAGUAUUAUCAGCUAAAUUGUCUCGGUCCUGGCCUGCCCAUGUCUACCCUGCACACAAGCACUGAUGAUAAAGUCCUCAGAUACUUGGAAAACAAUGUUGAACUGGAAAAUUCAUUGAAAGAUAUUCAGAUGCCUUCAAAAAAAUUCGGCACCCUUAAUAUAGGUGGAUAUGACCUGUGGUAUCAAAUGAUUCUUCCUCCCCAUUUUGAUGAAUCAAAGAAGCAUCCUCUGCUCCUUGAUGUGUAUGCAGGACCUUGUAGUCAGAAAGUUGACCAAACCUACCGGAUCAGCUGGGCGACUUACCUGGCCAGCACGGAGCGCGUCAUCGUGGCCAGCUUCGACGGCAGGGGCAGCGGCUACCAGGGGGAUCAAAUCAUGCACGCCAUAAACCGGAGGCUGGGGACCUAUGAAGUGGAAGAUCAGAUAGCAGCAGCCAGAAAGUUUUCUGAAAUGAGAUUUGUUGAUAAGGACAGAAUAGCUAUUUGGGGUUGGUCUUAUGGGGGAUAUGUGACCUCCAUGGUGCUUGGCUCUGGAAGCGGCGUGUUCAAGUGUGGAAUAGCGGUUGCCCCCGUGUCACGCUGGCAAUAUUAUGAUUCAAUAUACACAGAGCGAUACAUGGGCCUUCCUACAGAAAAUGAUAAUUUGAAGAACUAUAAUAGUUCAACAGUAAUGGCCAGAGCUGAAAAAUUCAAGGAAGUUGAAUAUCUCCUUAUUCAUGGAACAGCAGAUGAUAAUGUUCACUUUCAGCAAGCAGCACAGAUUUCCAAAGCUCUUGUUGAUGCUGAAGUGGAUUUUCAGGCAAUGUGGUACACUGACAAAGACCAUUCCAUCUCCGGUCAAGCACAUAAGCAUAUUUAUACCCAUAUGAGCCACUUCAUAAAGCAGUGUUUCUCACUGCACUAGCACCAGCAUUUUGCUUGUUAGUGAUGGUACUUCUCCAGAAAGCUCUCAUGAUAACGUACUCUGAGCCAGUGUAAAUCAAGAUGAGAUAAGAGUCAGCUCUUGGGAUACCGGUGUACACAAUGAAAUGCUAAUCUUUGUAAUGAUUCCUGUUGCCAAGCAACUAUUGCAUUUUUAUUGACUGUGUUUAAUCGGGUCUUAACAUCACCGGAAUGAUGUUGCAGACUUCUAGGAAACAUGGUACUUGCUUGAGUAAUUACCUUUUGAUAUUUCAGUCUAAAAGAGAAACAGUCGAGUUUUUAUGUUAGAGAAAGGAAUGAUAAAAAUGUCACAGGGCGAUCAGUCACAGAAUAAAAAUAUAAUAAUGUUUCUAUCAAAAGUGAAAUGAACCCUGUGGUAAUUUCUGUGAGAAUAAUGAAGAAACAUUUUUGCAGAAAUUCGUAUGGCUUGAUAAUUAUUAUUUUAGAAUGGGUACCAGGAAUACUGCAAUGUUAAUAUGUGCAGAAUGGAAUACUUUAUACUGCAGUUCCUGAAGUAAGCAUGUUUUCUCUGCAAUGCCUUGUAUUACAGUUGUAGAACUCUUGCAAGGCAAGCACAAAACCAGCUUUCACCAAAGAUUCUGAAUGAUACCUAAUCAAACCAGUGUCACUGAAUUUCUUUGUAUGCUAUCAUAUAGUACUGUUAUUUUUGCUUAUUUUAUAGUAAAGAUGGCUGCUUCACUGGGGAGGUGCACUGCAAAAUCUCCUCUGGGAACAAGAGCCCCAUUUUUUUAAUGUAGAAGUUGCUCAUGUUGUGAUGAAUAGAAACUGGUUCUUACACUGAAACAUAAAACAUUACAAUGCAAACUAGCAGUCACAGCAAGGGCUGGACUGUCAAUCUCCUGUGAACAUGCUCUUUAGCAAAACCUUACAGUCUACCAAUAAAUAUUGCUUUCUUUACAGCACUCCAGGUAGGAUUCUCCAUCUAAUCUGAGGUUUAGUUUUCUUAAUUUCACAUAGAAAAAAUGCAAUCCACUUGUACUAAAAAUUGUGCUGCUUUAAAAUAAUAAAGACAUUAAUUUAUGAAA